AAAUUGGAUCAUUUUUUGAAGCAUUUGAAGGAUGCAAUAUUAGCACAUCCAGUGAAAGUGGCUUUCAUUUCAGAUAGGCAAAAAGGUUUAUUGGAAGCUGUUGGUAUAGUGUUUCCUGGCCAUCACCACAGAUACUGUUGGAGACAUUUAUACAAAAAUUUCAAGAAGGAUUACAAGGGUCUUGAAUUAUACAGUUCUUUAUGGAAUGCAGCAAAAGCAUACAAAGAAAGCAUUUUCAGGAACAUUUUGACAAUAUUGUGAAACAGAGUGCUGCAGCUGGUGCUUAUCUCAGUAGAGAAGAUCCUGCUACAUGGUCCAGGGCCUUUUUUAACCCUAUUCACUGUUGUGAACAUAUGAACAACAAUUUUUCAGAGUCUUUUAACAAUAUGAUCAACAAGAUGAGAAAUAAACCAAUUAUAAUGAUAGGAAUAAUGUAUGCUAACUUAGUGAUGGGUACAUGGUACAAUAGGAGGACUGAAUCUGCAUCAUGGGUAGAUGGUAAUUUGGUUCCUACUGCUGUUACAUUGAUUAAGAAAAUGUUGGAAUUUGUGACUGACUAUGGUGUUGACCCUUGUGUGGCUGGAGAGUUAUAUAUGGUGACUAGUCCAAAGAAUUCUGUGUUCACAGUGAACAUACUUGCCAAGACUUGCUCUUGUUUGCAGUGGCAGUUGAGGGGGUUCCCCUGUAUGCAUGCAGUGAGUGCAUUGCAUAGCAUAAGGCCACAAUGGAGAAAGUACUGCAGUGAUUACUAUUCAGUGGAGAACUAUAAGGCCACAUAUGCACCAACUUUUGCACCACUAGAUGAUAAAAGUGAAUGGGUCCAGCCAAACAUGAACAAGAAGAUCUUGAACCCUCCUCACAGUAGGAAACCAGGAAGACCCAAGAGCAAGAGGGUAAGAAGUUAUGAUGAACCUCGUGUUGAGAAGACAAAAAGGAGGUGUGGGAAAUGUGGAAAUGUUACUAACCACAACAAAAGAACAUGUGCUGGUGGUGAAGUGGGAUCUAAUCCAACUGCAAAGAGGCAAAGGACUGAAUGUGAUGCACAAAGCUUCACCUUCAGCAACAUAGAGCCAAGUCAGACCACCGGAGUUAGGGGUGCAGCUAAGUCAAACAAGAAGAAGAGAACGGCAUCAUUUGUUGGUGAAUGUUUUACAGGGCCUGGCAGUCAGCCUUUGGCAACACCAUCUUCUACUCCAGCUUCCACAACACCUAUGAGUCUGCCAUCUAUAGCACCAUCUUCUACUCCACCCUCUACAAUAAAUAACCUUUAUCAGAACUUCUUUGGCAUUGGAUCUGUAUCUCAGAAUAUAAAACAAGGAAAGGGAAGGGGAAAUGGAAAGGCUAAGAAGAAAUGAUUUGAGAUCCGUUUUCUGAUUUUUUGUGUUUAAGAAGACAAUAUUUUUUUCUUUUGUAGACUUGAAUUAAUGCUGAAUCAAAAGUGGAUGGUUGUUUAUUAGUACAUUUGCAGGUUACAUUUUCAGAUUGUUGAGUUCCUUACAUAUAGCAUUAAGUUGUAAACUUGAAUGCAUAAUUCUGUUUUUUGCAGCAAUGAAGACUUCAUCUGAGACCCAUUUAAAACCGUCACAAUCUGUACAAGUGAGGUUUGAUUUUGCAGUGGGCAGUUUUUGAAGCAAUGACCAGAUUCUCCGCAAGCGUAACAACCAUUCUCUACUGGUAAUUUCACCAUCUUGCAUUUGACAGGAUCGAUGGCAUCGUCAAACCAUUCAAAGUACUGACAGG